AUCCCGUUUAUAUGCUAUUUAUUGCAAUUCUUUCGGAAUUUACAUGUGACAACUUAUCUCCAUAUUUGUAUAUCAGUGCUUUGAAUGCUCGGCUUUCAAUUUCGUAAUCUUGUCAGAGUAUUCCAGUAAUAUACAAAAUAAUAUAAACAUGAUUACAAAUGCAUAAAAUAAUAUCAUAUAUAUAGAUAUAAACAUGUGACAUGUACAUAUUAGUAGUAGCAUGUGACUGACGUGUCACAUGAUCUGUUGCGUACUCUCAAAUUCUCAAUGCGCACUUUUGAUAUCGCAUGGUGAGUGAUGGUGGGGUUAUCGCAGUCCGAACGAAUCUGAGACUCAUCUUGACAUGCUGCAUUGAGGAACGUUGCAUUUACUCCGACUUAACGGAACAGGACAUUGUAGAAUGCAUGUAUAGUUGGAUUCAGGAAAGCUAAAAUAGGUUUCAUUGUACACGUACAAAUUUCUGCGUAUGCGUAUAUAAUUAAAAUUUGAUACGAUAUCAAAUUGGAAACAUGUUGAAGCCAAAAGCACUGACACAAGUUCUCAGUCAAGCGAAUACCGGGGGCGUGGAAAAUACGUUAUUACUUAAUAGAGAUGGCGGAUUGUUAGCGUACAGCGGUUAUGGGGAUAAGGAUGCAAGAGUAACAGCUGCCAUCACGAGUAAUAUCUGGACAGCUUACGAGAAAAAUGGGAGAAACGCCUUUAAAGAGGACGAAUUACAGUUUGUUCUAAUGGACUGCAUGGAGGGAAAGGUUGUCAUUACCGAAGUAGCUAACUUACUCUUGUGCUUGUAUGCAAAGGAAAAUGUGGGAUUUGGAUUAUUGCGAGAGAAAGCGCAAGCGUUGGCCAAUUAUCUCGAUCAACCCUUAAAAACGAUAGCAAAUAUGCCUUGAAGCAGUCAUGUUUGAUUGAACUGUUUUGAUAAAUCUGUUAUCUCGACGUUACAACAAACUUAUCGUAUAACGUUUAUUUAUUAUUUACAAGAACUUUUGUAAUUUGUAUAUCGACACUGUGUAUAUAUGUGAAUAUAUUUUUAUUAAUUUGAUAGCUAAUGCGUAUCCUUGUUUUCAACGUUUGCACUCGCAGUCUGUGCAAACGGACAGGUGUAGUAAGACGGGAGCGAGAAAAUUGCGCUUUAAUAUAAUACAAUAAAAUCUUUUUAUUUCAUGUAAGUUACAAUUAAUACAAACAAUCUGCAUUUAAUUGUUUAUCUCACUUUACAAAUCACACGCUAUAAUUAAUAAGGUCUACUUAAACGUAAGCUAUAGGUAAUGUAAUGUCGAUAGUUGCCGUAUGUGUAAAUAACUACUGUCUUUAAUGCGUUAAGAGUCAUUCAUGUUUAUAUUAUUUAUCGAGAUACACGUGACAGUACGACUGCAUCGGCGGAAAAAAUAAUUUUGGGUGUUAAAUAUUUCUUCGGUUCGUCGUAAAUUGCACCACUAGACACGAGUUAUUGCAUAAAAAGUUUUAAAAUUCUAUGUCUUUAUCCGUAUUCAUUUCAAUUGUCUUACACUUUAAACUGUCACUUUGAAUAAAUUUUGAUUACAUUGUUUAUGCGUUUGUAUAAUGUGUACGAUGAUAAGAUGAUUGUAUGUACCUGAAAAAAUCUCAUUUCUUUCUCGUUAAAAUAAUCCACGAACGAGAUGUGCAGUAAUCUGUUUCGGUACUACUAAUCGUAUAAAAGUUACGUUUAAAACAUAGAGCACUGCAAAACUGAGGGCACACUUGCACACUCUUACUGUACAUCAAUUACUUAACGUAUUUUCCCGCAUUAAUCCCGAAAUUAGUAUACCUUGAAAUUGAAUAAAAUAAUAGGCA